AUGAAGAUGGCCCCGCUGCAGCCAGAGCCUCAGGCUUCUGAUGGCGACUACAUGUAUUCCGAUUUACCUCCGGUUUAUCUUGCGAGUACUUCGAUUACUCCUGAAACCUCCAAGGGCGCGAAUGGCGAGACCCCUAACAUGGCGAAUGGCGAGAUCCCUAACAUUGCGAAUGGCGAGAUACCCAAGGCUACGAAUGGCGACGAUGCCGGCGAGGCGUCGGAAGACGUCAAUGCCGCUUUUACAAAUCUGACAUUCGAGAAGAUCACAUUCGACCAUAAGAAUGUCAGAUCUGGCAUUUCGGAGGAUGCUUGCCUCGCUCAUCUCAAGCUUCUCCAUGCUAUCCAGGCUAUGAAGGAUGACAUUGGCUACACCGACGGACUAUGGAAUCUCUGGAACAGCCGUGGUAAAUGGGCAUUGGAUGAUUACCGAGUUGAUGCUGAUUGGCCCAUGAUUCGCCUGCUCGAAAAGACCAAUUCCGCAACUGUGACACUGGCCGGCCAAGCGAGGAUUCGCGAGAAGAGAUGGGCGUUGUUUGUUGCUCGUGCAGUUGAGCGAUAUGAGGAUUGGUGGUAUUCCCUUACGGAAACCGACAUGCUGACUGAAAAGGACAUGGCAACACCUGAUGACCCCAAGUACAGAAGUUUUACAAACCGCGGUGGAUUGGGGUGGAAGGAAAAUAUGCUACCGCCUUUAGAUGUGUUGAUGGUCCUUCAUACGCAUAUGCUCAACCCUCGAGCUUUCCUUGAAGAUUCAAUACGACAUGGGAUGGGCUCGUUUUGGGCAGCUGGCAUGCCGUGGGAACUAAUACACAAAGCCAUCGACACAGACUUCAAUUAUAAUGUAUCCCACCAAGCGAAGAUAAACUGGGUUGCCAAAACUGGCCAUCGCUGGCGGAAUCAGGAUGACGACAUGGAGAAGAUACUCAAGUGUCCCUUCUGCCCUAGCAAGAAUGAAAUUCCGUGGACGACAUGCGGAAUGAAGGAAGAUGUGAAAGAUAUCGAGUUUACGGGACUGAUCGGCCAUGGCUAUGGCGAUGGCAACUUUAACCACAAGUGUCCUAAUUGCCAAAAUGAAAACUAUAAAGAGCUUCUAUCAGUGACAAAAUUCGUUUCCGAUGCUUCCGCUCUUCUAGUUCAAUCAGUGCCGAUGCCAGGCACCAUCCUUGAUCCGGGCAGCGGUCGUCCUGAGGUUGUGCCCGAUGGAACCAAGGGCGAAAAGUAUUAUAGGACAUUCCCCAACCGCAUGAUUAAACGAGAGUUACGGAGCAAAAUUCCCGAGUUGAUCAAACCGCCGUCUCAGACACCCAUCACCAAAAAGGCCAAGAGCAAAGCGAAGAAAGACAAGAUAAAGAAGAAGGAUAAGAACAAAGAAGAAGAAGAAAACAAGGCUCAUGAGCGACUAAAUAUGAAAGCCGUGAGGAAUCUGAUUCAAGACACUCUGACGAACACCAAAAAGAUUCGAAACAUAGAUUCAGAAAAAGGUUUGUUUGCUCGCUAUCAAAUACACACUUGGGCUGGUAUAUGCAUCCGCAAGAUGAUGAGCCGAUACUGGCAGAACUUUUCUCCAUUUGGCCUUGAUCUUUGCGCUGCUGUUAUGCGUCAGGGCGUCUUUGUCGACAAGAUGGUCAAGAUAGACUGGCUUCAUAGCCCGACUGCACGGGAUACCAUGACGCGGCUCAUUGUCAAAUACGACCGCUUCUUGCAGAUUAUGAAGAAGCAUCCCGGCAAGGUUGUGGUGCCGACGCUGGACGUUGAUCUGGCUUGGCAUACGCAUCAGCUCAUCCCCUCACACUAUUACUACUAUACAGUUUCGACGACUGGAAAAUUCAUCGAUCACGAUGACAAAAUUGACGAGGACAAACUCAGCAGAUGCUUUGAAUGGACAACAAAGACUUACCAAGAUAUGUUUGAUGCUGUGUACAGCGAGUGCACCUGCUGGUAUUGUGAAACAAUUCGUUCCUCGCAAAUAUCGGCUGUGGGUAGACUUUUUGGCAUCUCAUCCACUGCGAGAUUAUCAGCGUCCUUUCACAAAUCCGAGACAGCGGAAACGUGUCCACCAGAGAAAUCCGCCCAUAUAUCUUACCAUAAUGCCGUAAAGACGGUCGAAACGGCAGAUCGGAGGAGAGUCACCGCACGAGCGCGUGCUCGACAGCGCCAAUGGCUAGACCAAGAGUAUCAAAAGGCGGCAAAGAGAGCGGAGAGGAAGGGUCAGAAAUUCCCUGCCAAAGAAGACUACUUUACUCUUUGGGGUGCUCAAUACACUAUAUAUGGGCCAUAUCCUUUCCCGCCGUGGUUUGCUCCCGGGAUGUACUAUGGAUGGGAUCCGUCUACGAUUCACAACGGCCAAGGAGCAUGGGGGAACUGUGCUGCCGCGGCUUGCGGAAAUGGAGGCAUAGCGGCUGGCGCCUGUGGCGGUGCUGGAGGAUGUAAUAACGGCAACGGAGGGAUAUGCGGAUCGAGCGGUGCUGGAUGCGGCGGUAACGGUGCUGGGGGUGCUGGCGGCGGUGGUGGAGGAGGUUGUGGAGGAGGAGCCGGCUGUGGCGGCAGUUAG